AUGGGGGAGGCGGAGCAGGGGGAUUUGGCGGUCGACCUGGAGUCGGCUAUAGAGGAGGCUACAGAGGAGGCUACAGAGGUGGUGCUGGAGGGUAUGGAGGCAGAGGUGGGGGUUGGUACAGAGGAGGGGCCGGAGGGUACAGAGGAGGGUAUGGAGGCGGAUCUGGGGGUGGGUACAGAGGAGGGGCCGGAGGGUACAGAGGAGGGUAUGGAGACGGAGGUGGGGUGGGUACAGAGGAGGGGCCGGAGGACAGCAGGACUCAAGCACCACUCUACCGCCUUCCACUUUAAGACCUCAGUCCCUGCGGCCUCCAGUUCCCAUGGUGCUUUGCUGGCUGUAGUUCCUGGAGUCUUGGGUCUAAUGGCCUUUUCUCCAGAGACAGACUCCCGUGGGAACCCCUGGAGAGCUCUGCACUUCUGCCAGGAGUUAGUGUCUCGGUUCCAGCUGCACAGUUUUGACAUCAGGACGCCGUUCAGGCAGGUGCUGGCCUACAGACAGUGGAAGUCUGAGUCUGAGGGGUAUCAGAUCAUGAACCUGCUGCUGGCCGCUUUUAAAGGAGACGUCCAGUCACUCAGAAGGUACUUCCUGUCUGGCGUGGAUGUAAACUCUGUAGAUUACGAUGGGCGCUCAGCUCUUCACGUCGCCGCAGCCGAAGGUCACGUAGAGGUCAUCCGCUUUCUGCUUGAAAACACCGGAGCGAACCCUCAGCUCAGAGACAGGUGGGGGAGCUCUCCGCUGCACGAGGCUCGCAGACACAACAGAGACGCUGCAGUUCAGAUUCUACAGACAACCUCAACCCCGGACAGCUCCUCUCCCCUCUCCUCCUGAACCGAACAAAAACGAGAAUAUUAUUUAAGUAGAACUGCCAUACCACAAUGUGAAUGAGGGUUGUCAAAAGUAUCCAAAGUCAGAUCUUAAUCAAUAUUAAAACUAGUAUCGAAAGUACAUGUUUUAGAAUGAUCUUGAGCCUAUGGAACGUACCUGGACCACACAGCACAUGGGAAUAGAAAAGAAAGUACUACCGUUUAAUGCUGAAAAUCACAUUCUAUUGUCUAAACAAAGAGUUUAUGUUUUUGUCAUCAUGGUAUCAGAAUCGGUAUCAAGUAUAGGGUCUAUUCCUUAGGACCGAAAUGAAAAACUUUAUUCAAAAACCUAUUUAUAACUGCAGAUAUUUCUUCAACACUGUUACUACUACUUCCAUUACUAUCACAGUUGUUACUAC